CGGUGAUAAUAAUCUUACAAAUUUGGCCUCCAAUUCCUGAGUUUCUUGUCUUUGGGAAGUUUCCUGAUAUCUAUCCCUUAAUCGGACGACAAAUACGAGACCUGGUACAACGGUCACAACUGGCUUAACCUCCCGAAAACUACCAACCCAACAAACAGCCCACUAUGUCAACGUGGGGUGAAUACUUCAGGGUCACCACCUACGGUGAAUCCCACUGCCUCUCUGUCGGCUGCAUUGUCGAUGGCUGCCCUCCUGGAAUGGAGCUCACGGAGGACGACAUCCAGCCCCAGAUGACUCGCCGUCGUCCUGGACAGAGCGCCCUGACGACCCCGCGCAACGAGAAGGAUCGUGUUGAGAUUCAGUCUGGAACUGAGUUCGGAGUCACACUUGGUACCCCAAUCGGUAUGAUGGUGCGCAAUGAGGACCAGCGUCCCAAAGAUUAUGGUAACAAGACCAUGGACCUGUACCCCCGUCCCAGUCAUGCCGAUUUCACCUACCUUGAGAAGUAUGGCGUCAAGGCAAGCAGUGGUGGUGGACGAAGCAGUGCCCGCGAGACCAUUGGCCGUGUCGCUGCUGGUGCCAUCGCCGAAAAGUACCUGCGCCUCUCUCACGGCGUCGAAAUCGUCGCCUUCACCACCUCCGUUGGCAACGAGCACCUGUUCCCUCCCACUGCCGAGCACCCCAGCCCAGCAACCAACCCUGAGUUCCUCGACCUGAUUGAGAAGAUUGACCGCAACAUGGUCGACUCUUUCACCCCUACCCGCUGUCCCAACCAGGCGGCUGCAGACCGCAUGACCAAGGUCAUCGAACACUUCCGCGACAACAGCGACAGCAUCGGCGGUACCGUCACCUGCGUGAUCCGCAACGUCCCCGUCGGCCUGGGCGAGCCCUGCUUCGACAAGCUCGAGGCCAAGCUGGCCCACGCCAUGCUCAGCAUCCCCGCCACCAAGGGCUUCGAAAUCGGCUCGGGCUUCGGCGGCUGUGAAGUGCCCGGUUCCAUCCACAACGACCCCUUCGUGGCCGCUGACGUGCCCACUCAACUGGGCAGCACAAAUACCACCAAGCAGCGCCUCACCACCAAAACCAACAAUUCCGGCGGUAUCCAGGGCGGCAUCUCCAACGGAGCCUCCAUCUACUUCCGCGUCGCGUUCAAACCCCCCGCCACAAUCGGUCAGGCUCAAACCACCUCCACCUACGAAUUCGAGGAAGGUGUCCUCGCAGCCAAGGGCCGCCACGACCCCUGCGUCGUGCCCCGUGCCGUCCCCAUCGUCGAGGCCAUGUCUGCCCUUGUGGUUAUGGACGCCCUGAUGGCCCAGUAUGCCCGUGAGAGCGCAAAGAACCUGCUCCCACCGCUACCCAAGACUAUUCCUACCCGUCCUACCCUAGGGACGCAUUAGAGCAGUAAUGAAAAUCAUCUCGGUGUCUUCCCCCCCCCUUCUUAUUUAUCAUUCUCUAUUAUCAAUGAUGGUUCUUAUGACUCGAUUUCCUUUUUUUUUUUUUUUUUUUUU